UUUGUAAGUUUUCCAAAAAGAGAGAAUCUCUGCGCGACCCCAAAUUACUACGGAUUUUAUUUGAAACUUUGAGAGUUAAAAAUGAAAACCAAAAUCGCUUUUGUAGAUGUGCAUUUAUUGCUGCACAAAAACACAUUCAUAUUUGUAUAUAUGUAUGCAGAGACGGUUACUCCCACGCUGGUGCGCCAUUGUACCUCUCCAUUUUGCAUUCUUUCCGCACAAGAUACGCAGAGCAUUUCUUCGUCUCGCACACAAAACGGUUUCGGUGUUUAGCAAUCAACUAGACGUGAGCGAUUUCUCACAUUCGCACGCACUGCUGCGUGUUUCGCUUCGGCAAACUUCGUCUAUUUCAAUCUAUUUCCGGCGAGAGUUUGGAGAUGGUGAAUCCGCGGUGCUUUUUGGAUGUCAGCAUCGGCGGAGAACUGGAGGGGAGAAUGGUGGUGGAGUUGUACAAGGACGUGGUGCCGAAGACCGUCGAUAAUUUCAGAGCUCUCUGCACCGGAGAGAGAGGCGUCGGCUCCGUCACCGGCGUUCCUCUUCACUAUAAGGGUUCACGCUUCGGUCGUAUUAUCAGAGGUUUUAUGGUGCAAGGGGGUGCAAUUUCUGUUGAAAAUGGCGUGUCUGGUGAAUCCAUUUAUGGACUGACAUUUGAGGAUGAAAAUUUUGAGCUAAAACACACGAGGAAAGGGAUGCUAUCAAUGGCCAAUAAUGGUCCAAAUAGCAACGAGUCUCAAUUUUCGAUUCUAACGACCCAGGCCCCACACCUAGAUGGGAAGUGUGUUGUCUUUGGCAAGUUGAUAAAAGGAUUUGGAGUGCUUCGUGCAGUAGAGUAUACUGCAGUAACAGAAGAUUACUGUCCAACUGCUGACGUUGUGAUUGUGGACUGUGGAGAAAUUCCUGAAGGAGGGGAUGAUGGGACGGUUAACUUCUUUAAAGAUGGUGAUUUGUACCCCGAUUCGCCUAUGGACCUUGAUGUUAAACCUGACACUUAUUCAUGGGUAAUUUCUGCUAUAGAAUCUAUCAAAAUCAUUGGGAAUAUGCAUUUCAAGAAACAAGACUUCAAGAUGGCUAUAAGAAAGUAUCGUAAGGCCAUCAAAUAUCAGGAUUUGUGCUGGGAGAUGCCUGACCUUGAUCAAGAACAGAGUGAACUACUGAGGAAAAUAAAGUCUCAAAUCCUUACAAAUAGUUGUAUGUGUAAGAUGAAGUUAGGUGAUCUUGAUGGGGCAUUGCUAGAUGCUGACUUUGCAAUUCGUGAAACAAAAGAUAAUCCAAAAGCUUUUUACCGUCAAGGCCAGGUAUAUAUGGCACUGAACAACAUAGAUGCAGCAGUUGAAAGUUUUCAAAAAGCGUUAGAAUUGGAACCGACUGAUGGUUGUAUAAAGAAGGAGCUUGCUAUUGCGAAGAAGAAGAUUGCUGAUAGAAAUGACCUGGAGAAAAAAGCUUUCUCAAAAAUGUUUCAGUAAAUGGAAGUUUUCGUUGCUAUUGGUGACUUGAACACAGAGUUUAACUCUUUUCAAUGGAUGAUCAAGACAGCAUUACACUUAACUCUGGAACUGAAAAUUUGUCAUAGUUAUGGUAUAUAGCAGUAUAAUCACGGAAGCAAAAAAGACUUCUAAGCAAAGGAAUAUUUUUGAAGAGAGGAGAGAUUACACCAAUCUUUACACUGCGAGUCAUUUAAAGUACUUUCUUAAACUUCGUACAAUGAAAGUUUUGAUCCUGAAAAAGAUGGAUUCCUUUUUCUUUA